AUGAGGAUAGGCCAACUUUCCUUUUUGUAAGUAUAAAAUAUCAGGGUCACGAUAAUUUGAUUAAAUCAGUUUCGGACAAUGAGUUAGUUCCCUUCUUCGAUAAUGUACUCUCUUUAUUUCCUGACAUUCAAUAAUUCAACUUGACUAUUGUUCUUACGUUCAUGCAGAAAAGACGACGAUGACAACAUGAAACUCACCAUCGAGUUUCAAAAGGAGAAACAGGACGGUGGAAAUGUUGAGUACAGGUACUCAUUACAAAAUUAUUUAACGACAGUCAUAUAUUCAUUUUCUGCGCCAGGUAUAGCUGUCGAUUCCCUUCAAUAUGUACAUAUUUCUUAUUUCUUAUAUUUUAAAAAUUUUAUUCAGCACCAAAUGUAUCGGCACAGGCUCAGACCGGUGGUGGCUUGUUUAAUUAUAUGGUAUAGAUGUAUUUCUGUUAUGCUCUUGUUUUCCUUUGAAAUAUAAAAAAUAAGUAUUAAAAACUCUUGACCUAUUUAUGUUUCAGGAGACCUUUUACGUUUACCCCGUUGCAUAAAGGUUCCCCUUACGACCCGGCAACCUUAGGGUUUUUGUUCCUGGCCGUAAGGGGUGCCUUUAUUCUGCCUGCUCAAGAAGCAUACGAGCGUGGUGACUUCCGUCUUCGAGAAGACGCGAAGUCAUGGUAUCUCCUUUGUGAGAUAGACCAGUCUAGUGGAGCAAUCAAUGUAAAUAUUUUCAUUUUUUUUUUUUAUUUUCUUAUAGUUCACUAGAUUCUAGUCAAGGGAUUUUCUGUCUUCUCCGCCCACAGUCUCUCACUACCCAUGCAUGUCGACGCAUGAUGAAAAAUAAUUUCACGCAAUACUUUUAAAUUUAAAUGUCACAAGUGAUGAUGUUUAUGGUUAAAAUAGAACCUAUGACUACCGUCCAGUAUAUCUCGUGUAAUCACAAUAUUUCCUUUACUCUCAGAACACCAAGCCACUACAAGGCCUUACAGCCACGUUUAAUACCCUUGUGGCUAAGGCAGGAUUUGAUGUGCGGAAAUUAACGCAUCACUGUAAUAGAUCGGUUAGUUUAAAAAAAGAAAUUUCUUUUUUCUUCAUUCAUAUCAUAUUACUUUACCUUUAAACAAAUGUUGUCCAUUUGAUAAUGAUCUUAUAGUUACUGUUUUUCAUCUUUAUAACAGGGUAUGGCCACGACAUUUAUAAUAAAUGAAACUAUUAAGAAUAAUGGUACUUUUCCGAGGGAAAGUGUGGCCACCCUGUGCCGUCUGGGCGGCUGGUCCGAAAAAAGUGGAACGUGGUCACUAUACGUGAAGGAUGUUUUUGAAAAACACCUUGACACGAGUUCCUUUCUCUAUCGGUAAGGAUCUCAGCAUAUCUUUUCCUUUGGAAAAGUCAGUAUAUCGAUUAAUCGAAGCAAUGUUUACGGCAUAAAGGGGGAAAUGAUAAUCAAAAUAUAUAAAAGAUAAUUUCUGAUGAAUGAUGAAAUAAAAGGUUUGUUAAAGAAAUGAGCUUUGAGGCAAGUUUCGUUUGGAAAGCGACAUAAUUCGGUUGUUAUCUAUGAGAAUUGAAACAAAAUAUCUUUUUUGGCCGCACAAAAGUGAAAGCUAUUCUCUUCGUUAUUUUCAGCGACCUACGUCCAGACAACAGGGCAACUUACCUGGAAGAUAUAAAAUCCGCCUUCAAUUACCGAGUAGAUAAAAACCUCCAAACAAUGGAGGAUUGCCACGCCGUAGAGGGUUUUGCAGGGUACCUGCACGAAUUCAGAGACACUGGUCUCAACAUUUCGAUCGGGGAGGCAGAGAAAGGUGAUUACUUUUAAUUUUCUGCAUGUAAUAAACCAAUUGAUCACAUGUGACGAUAUGUGAAUUUAACUUUUCUUUUUUUCCUACAGAACUUGAAAAAAUGAAAAAAGGAGAAAGUGCUGAAUGUAAAGGUGCUUUACACAGAUCCCUUGUUUGAAUCAUUGUUUUCGAUUGUGGUCAAAGUCACAGACCCCAAGAUUUAGUUUAAUUCAUUUUUGCAUUGAUAUUAUAUUCUCACAUUUGAUAAAUAGUGAAUUUCAAUUUCCUUUUGUGCUCCCAGGAAUGACAAUGAAGGGCCUCACAUUUAAAAUAAAAGCCCUGAAACAACAGGCUGUGUUUCGCUUUGCCUCCGCAUACAACGCGAAACAACACGAUGAGGCCAGGGCUAAAAAUCCACCACCGCACCCAAACAAACCUGUAAGUAGUCAAACAUAUUUGAAAUGUUCUCUUUCUUGCAUUGACAUCUUUUUCGUAAUUUCACAUUAAUCAGUCCCGCUUAAAAAUUUUAUUAGUUACACUCGUGGCUUUUUUUUUUGUCCAUUUUCCUUCUUAGGGGUUUACAAAACCACUGAAUAUGUUGGGCCACUUGAAAUUCAUGUUAGAGUCAGAGAGGGGGGAAGAUCUUUCCCUGAGGAGAUUUUCUCCCCUCGAUUACUCUAUGAAGCUAACUGGACCUGUAGAGUGCCCGUUUGAAGGUUGUGGGUUCCAAACAGAUCUCGGCAAGACAAUGGUCAGCCACCAGCAGGAGGUGCGCCACCCUGGUUGGAAUCGGCACGAUACCACCAGGGAAGGCCAA